AUGAGGAGACCCUCGCCGCCUAUGGCCGAGUUCAAGCGCAUGGUGAGCCUCGUGAUCUCUGGGGCCGGCCAGGCUGAGACCUCGGUGACGGAUAUCCUUAUGGAGAUUCGGUCUAGGUGCCCCGAGUGGUCGGUGACCCCCUGCCGCGUGCGCAAGGUGGCCGCAUGUGCGGCGAGUUCCACUGCCCACCGCUGCGGGGAGGCGGAGAGGACCCUGGCGGGCGGCCACAGCUGUGGCGGGCGCGUGGAUUGGCUGGUCAACAACAAGGGCCUCACGCCCAAUGAAGCUGGCAUACAGGUGGCCACCGAGUAUGCUGUGGAGUGCUGGCGCUGCGGCUUCCAGACGACCAGCUGUCAGCUGCCCCCGAGGUAUGGCGCAAAGGAGCAGGAGCGAUUGCAGAUGAUGAACUGCGGGAAGGUGCAGAAGGCAUCGGUGCAGUUCAAGGAGAUCCUCGAGGCGAAGGCGGACCGUUGGGCCUCGGAGGAGCAGAAGCAGCUCUGGCAGAACAAGAGCGCCUUGGCAGAAAAGUUCUGCAAGCAGUCGGUGGCCUUGCUGAACGAGGAGGAGUACGAGAGCGCGGCGGUGGUGGCGCUCUAUGCCUGGAGUCAGGUGAUUAUGGACGGCUCCCAGUGCUGCGAUCUGCUGCGGCCGCCCUACUGUUUGCAGUCGCAGUGGUCCUGGUCCACCUUGGCCGUGGCAAUCCUAAUCGGAGGCACGCUCAUCGCUUUGCUGACCUCGGUGCUGGCAUCCCUCACGGCGCGGGCGCCGGCGCGGGGCACCAAGCCGCUGCCGGCGCAGAGCCAAGUGCCGGAGCCGGGGAAGGCGGCUACCAAGGUGGAGGAGCUGUACCAGGAGCUGUUUAAGCGCUGGAUGCGGGACCACUCCCUGCGGGGCCUCUACGGCGCCUGCCACUUCGCCGAGACCGCGGCCUCGCAGUUCGCGGCGCUCGCCGCGGUCUUCGACUUCCAGGUGGACUCCGUUAGGAACCAGUUCGACCACUUGCUGUCCCUUUGGCGCUCCCACUGUGCGAUCCUGGCUGAUUUGGAUUUGGAUGUCGAUGAGGACGACGACUUUGUAGAGGCAGCCGUGAACGAGCAAACCCUGCUGCACGAGGCGCUUGGUGGCCUGCAUGCAGAGCUUUUGGAGGGCUUCCUUCGUUGGAGGCAACGCCUGUCCGACGACCUCAAGGAGCCGUUGAGCAGCGGGAGCUUGGUCCUGGGGGGCGCCCGCUGGGCGCACCUCGUGCCCGGCGACUGGCUCCACGCGGACAGCCGAAAGCUCGCGGCGAACCUUGCCACCACCCACCUCGCGGAAAUCGCAACCUACCUGCUGGUCUGGGGCGAAGCCGGCAACCUGCGAUUUAUGCCGGAGGCCGUGUACUUCCUCACGGAGCUCACGCUGUCCGCGGAGCCAGAGCUGUAUCCGCACCACCAGGCGGAUGGGAAGCAUAGCAGCGGGCUUUUCCUUUCCCGCAUGGUGAGGCCAAUGUACAACCUUGUCUUCGACGAGUGGUACCAGGGCCUUGACUUCAAACCUGUGAGUGAUGAGGAUCGCGGCAAAGGAGUGAUGCCCAGCCACAAAGAGAAGCUCCCCACGUUCCACGGGGGCUACGAGGCCUUUCUGCCGCCCGACGUGGCGAACUACGACGAUUGGAACGAGUUCUUCGCAGACCCAAAGCGGCUGCGCCGGGGUAUGCCCCGGCUUUUCGACCUGGAGCAUGGCAAGCGCUUUGCCGUUCUACAGGAGUUUAACCUAAGCAAGAUGCUGACGAGCCAGAAGAUGAAGACGCACCGCGAGGUCCACUCUUUGUGGGGUGUCUUCGCCUCGACGCACAGGAUUUGGCUGGUGCACGCGCUCCUCUUCUUCGGUGCAGUGUGUGUGGUCGCUGGAGAUCCGUUCGACGACGAUGAGACUCUGGGUGGCAAGGGCCUGGUGCGAUGGGCUGCGCUGGGCUUGCUGGCGCCAUUCCAUGCCUUGCUGCUGGCAUUGGCGCGGGUCUACACCUGCGGCGCGGCGACCCGGGCCUCGAUUUGCGGCAUAGGGUGCUUUUGCGCGAACUUUUGGCGGAGCCUUCUGUGGUUCGCUCCGGUUGGGACCUACGGGGCACUGCGCUACGCAAACCUCGCUUGGACGCCGGAGAUUCUCCAAUAUCUUUUAAUCGCGCACCUGGUGGUAUCUCUGUUGGCGCUCGCGUCGUUGCUAUUUUUCCCAGACCGCGGCUUCGACGCGCCCUACAAGGAGAAGCCCCGGGCGCCGUUUCACCUCCGCCUCGUGAGGUACUUCUUUUGGUUGAUGGUGCUGGCGGGCAAGUUUUUAGUGGCCGUGGUACUCUUCAGAGCCAUCUUCGACCUCAUCCUCGACCUCCAGCUGGAGCCUUUGGGCCGCGCGACCUCCGAGGACAUCCUGAUUGCAUGGUAUAGCACAAUUUGGGCCAGGGACCUACUAAUUUGGCUUUGGCUCUGGUUUUCCAGCCUUUUCAUCUUCUGCGCCGACACACAGCUUUGGUUCACGGUCGGCUGCACGAUUCUGGGCGUCGUGGUGGCCCUCAUCCAGCGCCGGUGCCGCACGCUGCACUUCGCCUUUGAGGACGCGCUGCACAAACUCCCCGGGCGCUUCGCCGAGAAGGUGCUGAGAUAUUCGCCCUGCAGCAAGUCGGCCUUCGCAAAGACGUGGAACCUGGUGAUCCAGCACAUGACUCAAGAGCAGAAGAUCAACGUCCGCGAUAGCGGCGAGCUCUGCUUCGACUACAUCCUCUCGGAGGAGCCGGGCGCGCCGGUGCUUUUUAACGAGGAGAACUGCCUGGAGCGCGCAAGCAAGCACUACUGCGGCAUGGCAGACACUCGGGAGUGGCCGGUGAACAAAGAGCUUCAAUGGCGCUUCCUCGCCCUGUCCCGAGGCCUGGGGCUUGAGCUGCCGCGGCCCUACCGAACGCCUUACGUGCCGGGCCUCACCGUGUUGAUCCCUCAGUUUGAGGAGCCUGUGCUUUUGCUGCCGGAGGAUCUCUACAGCGAGGCGCCGGGUGAGGCGAGGGAGUUGGGGCACCUCAUCGACUACCUGCGCAUCAAGUAUGUGGACGAGUUUCAGAACCUCGCGCAGAACUGGAACGUGCCCGGAGGGGUUCGCAACUGGUCCCGCUACAGCCCGGAGCAGUGGAAGGAAACCUGCGUUUGGGCGUCCAUGCGAUUGCAGACGCUCUGGCGGACCGUGGCGGGCAUGUGCAAGUACCACGACGCGCUAGUGCUGCACCACGAGCUUCAGGGCACCAACUCCUCAGGGCUCUUGUGGCGUGAGGACGACACAAGCGAGAUGUUCCAAUGCCUGGUGUCGAUGCAGAUGUAUGCAUACUUCACCGCGGUUCAGCGAGAGCAGGUGAACGAAAUGCUGGAGCGCUUCCCUCCCAACCUGAAGAUCGCGUACAUCGAUCACAGCGAUGUGGGGGAGAACUGCGAGAGAGAUGCGGUCCAUCCGCGGCAGUCGCGCAGAUACUACAGCUGUCUCAUCGACCGCAAUUGCCAGUGCAUCCAGGCGAAGAACCCGGCGGCCGCCUUUCGGCAGCCUGCGUAUCGCGUGGAGCUGCCGGGGUAUCCCAUCUUGAGCGACGGCAAGGCAGACAACCAGAACCACGCCCUGCCCUUUUCGAGGGGCACCAUCAACCAGUGCGUGGAUGCCAACCAAGGCGCCUACUUCGAGCAGAUGCUGCUGCUGCCCUGCGCUCUCGGCGAGUUCCGCUGGAACCCCAAGCAGAUCGUGGGCUUCCCUGAGCAUAUCACCAGCGACCUGGGCUCCGUGGGGGACUUCGCCGCGGGCUCGGAGAUGGCCUUCUGCACGCUGCUGCAGCGCUCCUACGCCACCCUGGGGGCGCGGAUGCACUACGGACAUCCGGACCUCAUGAACAAGCAGUACAUGAUGCAACAGGGCGGCGUGUCCAAAGGCACAAGGACCUUAAACCUCUCGGAGGACAUCUUCGCCGGCCUGGACUUCGCUCUGCGUGCGGACGGCCGCGAGAUCUGCCACCGGGAGUACUUUCACCUGGCCAAGGGCCGAGAUUUGGGCUUCAAUGCAGUGCUCAAGUUCUUCUCGAAGCUCUCGAGCGGCUCCGGGGAGCAGCUCCUCACACGGCAGAUGUGCAGACUUGGCCAGCUGAUGCCAUUGCCAGACGCUCUCACGCUGUACUACGCUCAUGCCGGCUACUAUGUGACCCAGUUCCUUCUGUCCUGGGUCAUGCCAACAGUGCUGUACACCUGGGCGCUGAUCUUGGCCUGUGACUGCGACUUGGCCUUCGAGGCCUUCGAAGGCUCUUGCGCCAAGCGCCCGGCCCAGGAGCUCAUGGGCAGGAUGCUGUCGAGCAUUUACACCAUCGCGCUGCUUCUACUAGUGCUUCUGGCCACGGCCCUUCCGCUCUUCACAGAGGAAUGGCUGGAGAGGAGCUUCAAGGUUGCUGUCAAGAGGCUGCUGAAGCAGGUGUGCACCUUGUCUUUUCUCAUGUUCGUCUUCCAGGCCAAGAUCAUCGGGUACUACGUGAUCAACGAGCUUCGCUACGGUGGUGCCAAGUACAUUAGCACCGGUCGAAGCCUCCCCACCGAACGCCGGCACUUCAUCCGGCGCAAGGGCGACGAAUACGAAGGUCUCUACUUGGACUACGCCAUCCAGGCCUUCUACGACGGGCUCACGCUGCUCAUCGCCGCCGCCAUGGUUACGGAGCUGGGGGGGAUGGAGGCGGACAACAUCUAUCGCGGCCGCCUGUUUGCGCUGUGGUUUUGCAUCACCCUGACCAUCAUCUCGUGGCUCUAUGCGCCCUUCGUCUUCAACCCCCACCAGUUCGCGCGGCGCCACAUCAUGGAAGACAGGAGAGUCCUGUGCCAGUUCUUCUUCCAGAACUGGGGCUCUGGCUGGAUCCGGUGGUACGAGGAGUUUCAGCUGAAGCCGCGGGUGGGUCUCAGCAUCUCGAUGCUGGACUUCAACUUUCUGGUGGUUUUCCUCGGCAUCUCUGUGUGGUUUGCAGUGGUCAACCACAAGGUCAGUAUGAUGCAAGUGAUCUUUUCCACGCACACCUGGAUGAAGGAGGUGGCGGCGCUGACGUUGCUCCCCCCGAUCUUCACGUCCCUGGUGAUGUGUCUGCUCUGCUCCAGCUGCUGUGCGCUCACAAGAUGUCUCAGGAGGAUCUGCAAGAAGAGCGAUCCAACUUGGGAGCUGCUGCGCAAGCUGCUGCCCAUCAUGACGCUGGUGGUGGUGCUGUUGGAGGUCCUCGAGGCGGCGGCUUGCUUGGAGAUCCUGCGGACCACCGCCCGGUGGAAGGACUACAUCGCUGGGCUAAUGCUGAAGUACCUGCUCCUGGAGGUGGUGAUCUUCCUUGCUGAAGGCUUGCUGCGGAGCCGGUGCGCCCGAUCGGGCGCCUGUCGCCCAGACAAGGGCCUACAGACCCUCUACUUCUGGGUGCUCAGCAAUCGAAUGUUCCGCGACAUGCUGACCAGCACGGUGAUCUUGGUGCCGCUGCUGCUGCUGAGCUUCGUGAACUCCCUGCUGCGCCGCUGCUGCCGCACCUUCGACGCCCACGAGUUCCUCAUCUACCGCAGCAGCGGGCACCGCGCGCGGCGGCGCUCCUUCUGCGGGGACUCGGAUAGGGACAGCAGGGACAGCAGCAGCAGCGUCAGUGAGAGUCGCAAUACCUCGGACACCAGUAGCACUGACGAGGAGGCGCCGAUGGCUCCCAGACGCUGACCAAAGACCGUCGGCCAGGAGCUGCCGCCUCAAAGCGGAAGGUGCAACUUGGCAGUUGCUUUGGUUUUAGCGAACCUCAGUUUAUAGUUAAUUUUUAAGGCGAAA